AUGGAGAUAGCCAAACAGCUAACCUACGGACUGAAUUUAACACGGUGCUUAAAAAAUGAAGACUUGAUGAGUUUGAAGAGGGAGAACCUGAAGCCGCUAAAAAAUAUUUUCAACAUAAGUAAGGGGAAGGAUGAGGAGAAGGGACCAAAUGGGAGAGAGAGGAUGGGAAAUCAUGAGAGGAAGGAGAAUCGUGAGAGGAAGGAGAGUCACGAGAGGACAGCCGAACUGGUGAGUUUUUCCGAAUUCUGUGCGGACCCCAGUUUGGUGGCAAGCUACAUGAAGGGCAAUAAAAUAAACGUCGAAUUUGUGAACAUGAGCGGGAGUGUGAUGCCAAUUCGUUUCUUCGAGGAUAUUUCAAGGGAGCUAAGUGGAGAAGAGAUCAGGGUGAGCGGCAUACCCACCGCAUCAGUGGAGGGGACCACCCUUCCAAGGAGUGACUACCAAAAAUUGAUUAACACAGUUAAGGGGACUUUUGGAUUUAAAACCCCAACGAACAUUCAGAAAAUUUGCAUCCCCACGAUUAUGAGCGGGUGGAACACCAUCUGCAUUUCUCAGACGGGUAGUGGGAAGACCUGCGCCUUUUUGAUUCCCCUGCUGGUUCGGCUAAUCUGUUCAGGCACACAGGGGGAGAAGCAGCGGGAGGAGAAGCAGCAGGGGGAGAAGCAGCUGGAGGAGAAGCAGCAGGAACCCGUGGUGGCUGAUUCUGUGGCGAAGCAGAAGGGCCCACAUUCCCCUCCGGGGAGGGACGACAACCAUGAAUCGGACGCGGAAGAGAAAAAAAAUUCGACCCCCAUUCGAAGCCUUAUCCUUGUGCCGACGAACGAGCUGGCUAGCCAAAUACACGAGCACGCAUUGGUUCUGUUUGAGGCAUUUCCACAGUUUACGGUUCUACAUCUAACGAAGGAAGACCAAGUGAGAGAAGAAGAAGAACCCAUAGAUGUGUGCAUCUGCACCCCGUUAAUACUUAUCCACCUUAUUGAAAUGAACAAAGUGACCCUGUCCAAAUGCAUGCUCGUCGUGUUUGAUGAAGUUGACAAAUUAUUUGAGGUGAAUUUUUUAAAUCAAGUGAAAAAGCUACUAGUAGUAAUUCAGAGACGAAAGAUGCAGAAGGUGUUUACGACGGCCACACUACCAGGUAACACUCGCUCCUUCAUCAGUACCCUCUGUCCCACGUAUGCUCUCGUGUACUUUGGUCAGAGUAUUAACUCAGUUAAUAGGAAUGUGAAGCAGGAGUUGCUUUAUGUAAAUAGCGAGGAGGAAAAGGGGUUGGUGUUGCGUAAUUUGGUUUUGGGAGGAGGGUUGCACAUCCCCGUGCUGGUCUUCGUGAACGGCGUGGAGAAGGCGAAGAAGGUACACGCCACGCUGCGUCGCGCGGUGAGCGGGGUUAGCGGCGUUGGCGAGGCUGGCAGUGUUGGAGAGGCUGGCGGCGGGGUGAAGGCGCCGCACGUCUCCCUGCUCACGUCCGAAAGAACCAAAGAGGAAAGGAUGCAGGUUUUUAAGCACCUACAGGAAGGACACGUAUGGUACCUAGUGUGCACGGAUGUCUUGAGCAGAGGAAUCGAUAUCCAUGGAAUCGAAACGGUAAUUAAUUACGACGUCUGUUAUGACAAGUAUAGCUAUAUCCACAGGGUGGGUCGGGCGUGCCGCUCAGAUGCGGAGGGAG